ACCAUUAGUAAUAUAAUUUCCAAAAAAUGUCCAGUAUGUAUUUGUACAUAUAAUUUUUUUUGAAUCAUCCUGUAUUCUAUUAGUUUCAUUAAUAUUAUCAACAAAAAUGAUAAAUUCACAAUAAGAGGGACAUUACCAUGAGAAGUGAUAUUAUGAAUUACGCCAGAACAAAGAUACAUAUAAUACUAGUUAUUAUAGAUCAAUCAAUUCCAACUUGUAUUUACAUUUUCAUACUACAAGAUUCAAGGAUAUCAAAAAGAAAUAAUGAUCCGCUUCGUACGAAAUAAGUUCUCAAAUUGGUCAAUCAAACAAAGUAGAUAUAUGUCAACAAAUUUAUCUAUUACAGCAUCAGAAAUUCAGUUACCAGAAUUUGCAGAUGUUAUAAUAAUUGGUGGUGGUAGUGCAGGAUGUCAUGCUCUUUAUCAUUUGGCGAAACGUGGGAUUAAUACAAUACUUUUAGAAAAAUCGAAAUUAACUUCUGGUACAACAUGGCAUACUGCAGGUCUAAUAUGGAAUCUACGUGGUGUUGAUGAUGUUGAAAUGGAAUUACUAAAUGUUUCUAUCAAUGUACUCUCAUCUUUAGAAAAAGAAAGUGGCAUUAACCCAGGAUGGAUAAAUAAUGGUGGUCUUUAUAUCGCUCAUACUAAUGAGAGAAUGGCAGAAUAUAAACGCUUAGUCACUACUUGCAAAGCAUUUGGUAUUGGUGCGCAUAUAAUUUCUCCUAAUGAAGCAAAAGCAAUAUUUCCACUUUUAGAUGAAAAAGUUUUUCAAGGUGCAAUUUAUUCUUCAAGAGAUGGAACAGUAGAUCCUGCUAUGUUGAUUAAUUCCUUGUCAAAAAUAGCAAAAAAUUAUGGUUGUAAGAUAAUAGAAAACUGCCCAGUAACUAAAAUAUUAACAAAAGAAAAUAUAUAUGGUUUGAAACAAGUUUUUGCUGUAGAAACACCAUAUGGACAAAUUAAUACUAAUAUUGUACUUAAUGCUUCUGGAGCUUGGUCAAAUGACAUAGCUAAAAUGGUAGGUUUAAAUAUUCCAUUAAUACCGAUAAAACAUGCAUAUGUUGUUACUGAAGCAAUAGAAGCUGUUAAAAAUUUACCGAAUGUAAGAGAUCCAGAUAUCAGUUUAUACUUUAAAGUACAGGGUGGCUCUAUGAGUAUAGGAGGCUAUGAAAAAUAUCCUAGUAUGCUACAAUUGGUACCUAAGGAUUUUGCAUUUAGUUUAUAUGAGUUAGAUUGGAAUGUAUUUAAUGUACAUAUGGAGUCAAUGGUUCAAUUAAUGCCAAAACUUGCAAAUACUGGUAUAAAAGCAACAGUUUGUGGCCCAGAAAGCUUUACACCUGAUCACAAGCCUAUUAUAGGUGAGGAUCCACGUUGUUCAGGCUUUUAUUAUUCUUGUGGAUAUAAUAGUGCAGGAAUGAUGUUUGGUGGUGGAUGUGGAGAACAGGUAGCAUUAUGGAUAAUUAAUGGACGUCCUGAUAAACAUAUGUUUAAAUAUGAUAUUCGAAGAUUUAUACCAGAACAAAUGAAUAAUUUAGUUUGGGCUACUGAAAGAUCUCAUGAAGCUUAUGCAAAAAAUUAUGACGUGGCUUUUCCUCAUGAUGAACCAUUAAGUGGCAGAAAUCUCAAAACUGACCCUUUUCAUGAUCUACUUGUUGCGGAAGGAGCAGUUAUGGAGGAACGUCAAGGAUGGGAGAGACCAGGAUGGUUUCUAAAAAAUAAAACAGUGACUAUUUUGCCUUAUAAAUAUGAUACAAUGAUAAUUAAAGGAAAUGAUGAAUAUAAGCAAAUUUUAGAAACAGAAUGUACAUUUGACUUUCCCCUCUAUCAUAAUACAAUACAGGAAGAAGCAUUGGCCUGUAGAACUAAUGUAGUACUGUUCAACAUGUCUUAUCUUGGAAAAUUCUAUCUUUGUGGGCCAGAUGUACAAAAAGCUGCAGAUUAUCUUUUUACAUCAAAUACUAGAAAAAAAUUUAAUAGAAUAAUUUAUACUUGUAUGCUUAAUCACAAAGGAGGUAUAGAAGGAGACUGUACUGUUACUAGUAUAGAACCGGGUUCAAGUGGUAUUGUUGAUCCUAUAUUUAAGGACAAAGCAUUUUACAUAGUUUCAAGUGGAUUAUCAACAUAUCAAACAUGGGCUCAUAUUCAUAAUGUUAUAAAAAAGAAUAAUUUUGAUGUUAUGUUGCAUGAUACUACAGAAAAAAUAGGCAUUCUAUCUAUACAGGGCCCUAAAAGCCAGCAAGUACUACAAACACUGAUAGAAGAUGAAUUAUCCAAUGAAAAAUUUCCAUAUUCAACUAGUAAGUUAGUACAAAUAAAAAAUGAAACAGUACGUAUAUUCAGACUUAGUUUUGUUGGUGAAAAUGGUUUUGAACUUCAUAUACCAAAGCAGUCAUGUAAAAAAAUUUAUGAAACUGUAACUGAAGCUGGUCGAAAGUAUAAAAUGAAACUAGCUGGAUAUCGAGCAUUAUAUAGCUUAAGUUGUGAAAAAGGAUAUCAUCUGUGGGGUUCAGAUCUAAGAAUAGAUGAUAAUCCUUUGGAAGCAGGUUUAGAAUUUAUUUGUCGCAAAACUGGUUCAUAUUUAGGAAAAACAGCAAUUGAUCAACUUUAUACAAAUGGAAUUAAAAAGAAAUUAGUACGUCUAUGUCUCAAUAGCAAUAUUCCCAUGUGGGGAUUAGAGACUGUAUAUAGAAAUAAUCAAUUAGUUGGAUAUGUAAGAAGAGCAGAAUAUGGCUACACAUGUGGUAAUAGUAUUGGACAUGCAUAUAUUAAACAUCCUAAUGGAGAAAAUAUUACAAAUGAGUAUUUACAAACAGGGAUUUAUGAAAUUGAAGUUAUGGGAAAAAAAUAUUCUGCUAACAUAUAUUUAAAAAGUUCAUUUGAUCCUCGAAAUAAACAACUGUAAGGCAUAUGCUAAACUUAAUAUAUAGUUUUACAUAUGAUAGACAACUAUACUUGUUUGAACGCAGUAUACUGUCUAGGUCUUUUAUACUCGGACCUGAUUUUUUAUUGUUUUAAGUUUUGGAAAAAUUUGAACAAAUUAUGGAAUAUUUAACAGUCUCUUUUUUAAGCUACAAUUAUUCAUUAAGUCAAAUGUUUAACAUAUUUUUUCAAUAAAAAUAAAAAUUCAAAAGAGA